AACUUUCUUUUUCGCUUUUGUGAGAAAUAAAUCAGAGAACAAGUAUAGAAAUAUGCCCAACUCUGUUCUGAUUAGCUUUCACCAAAAACCCUAAUUCCCAUAGCUAUGUUCUAUCCGCGCUCCAUCUCUCGCUUCUCUGUUCGGGUCGGGUCACUCAAUCAAGCUUCUCGGAUCCUUGGCUCCAAAUCUGAGUCCACCCCUCUUCAUCUCAACUCUCCUUCUCAGAACUACAGUGCUUUCUCUGGUUCAAGGAAUUCCAAAGAUCAUGCCCGUACUCUGGCCAAUGCAUCACCCAACUUCUUGGGAUCCUUGGGCAUGAAGUGGGGUUUUCUUAAAGUGAAUGAUAAUGCAUCUCUACCCAGUGCUUUAAACUUUAGAAGUUACAUACAUUCUGCUUCUCCAAAGGAGUUUGAGUCGGGGGAUGAUCCGAGACCAAUGAACUUUGCCAGAGGAGUUACUAAUGAAAAUAGGCCAAAUGAGUUUGAGAUGGGAAGAAAUUUGAGACCGAUGAACUUUUUCAGAGGAGUUAUGAAUGAAAAUAGAGCAACUGAGUUUGAGACGGGAAGGCCUUCAAGACCGAUGAGCUUUGUCAGAGGAGUUACGAAUGAAGGUAGACCAAAUGAGUUUGAGUUAGGGAGAGACUCGAGACCUAUGAACUUUGUGAGAGGAGUUAUGAAUGAAAAUAGAAGCAAUGGAUUCCGAGGCCCUCAGUUUUCUCAUCAAGAAGUUGAGAAAGAAACUGCUGAUAUUGUGCAUAUUAAAUUGAUUCGAAACAAUGCUUUUGUUACUGUAACAGACUCUAAGGGUAACAAAAAAAUAGGGGCUUCGUCAGGAUCUCUGGGAGGUAAAUUUACUCAAUAUUCUGCUGAUACAGCUGCAGAGCAUGUCGGGCGACUUGCCAAGAAUAUGGGAUUGAAAUCAUUCGUGGUUAAAGUGAAUGGAUCUACCUUUUUCAAGAAAAAGAAGCAAGCAAUUUUGAGCUUCAGAGAUGGUUAUACGAAUUCUCGCAAUGAUCAAAAUCCAAUUGUCUAUAUCGAAGAUACAACUCGAAAAGCUCAUAAUGGAUGCAGACUUCGAAAGCAGCGUCGUAUAUGAUGAUAGCAUGAUUGCAAGUCAAUGCAGGCAAUAUUGCUUGUGGUGGGGAUGAGGCACAGUGUCCGAUGGUUCAUGAAGAAACUAAACUUUGACAAGGCAGAAUGGCAGAUGUUGAUGCAAAUUGAUGGCUUGGUAUUAUUUUGAACAGAAUAUUAAUAUUGUACCUGUUGAAUUUUUUAAGAUAAAGAGGCUACUUAGAACUUGCAUUAAUAUGUUAAUGUUUCUUGAUAUGUUGCUGGUUAUAUUUUUCUGUGUUC